UUCUAACCUGUGGAUAUUGGAUUUCCAGGUAAAUGCAUCCUGUGGCUGGAGAGGGUGGGUUCUGUGCAAGUAGUUAGCCAUUUAAUGGCUACAGGUCAUUGUAGAGCUGGCAUCUGUAUUAACAGUGUAGCAGGCGCUGCCCUGCUGGUGUGGAUGAUUUGGGGACAGCCUCAGUGGGAUGCAGGUUUCUUUAAUGCCUGUCCUAAACCCUGUGUGCUUAUGGCACAUGUCUGUUAUUAGGCUGCGGAGUCCAGAUGAUGAAAGUAAAUAAUUGAUAGAUUUUGAAGGAAGGAAGCAAAAGGAAUAAGGAAAUCCAACCUAUCUGCUCUCACCAGCUGAGAUGCGCCCCUUCCCCAUGACUGCGCACGGGCAGGAGCCUGUGCAAAGGUGCUCGGCCCCCUCCUGGUGGUUUGUUUUUUCAUGCUCACCCAGCUGUUAGCGCUGAGGGCACAGCCAUACCCUGCAGAAAAAGCAGAGCCUGCUGCACUUCCUGCCACCCCAAGCCCUGCCAGGGGGAUGCUGCUGGCUCCCAGCAAGGGCUGAGAGUCCCAUGGGGCAGCGGUAACCAGGUGCUCACCAUGGCAGCAGGGGCACAAACAGGGACAGACCUUGCACGAGUGGAACAGCAGCUGGGUGCAGGUGGUGGAUGGUGAAGGUCAGGACUCUAACCACGUGUGACAAAAUAGGUGCUGGGCUGCACUGCAGUGCUGCAUGGGUGGAGGCCAUGCCCCUCUCCUAGAUCUUCACUGCUGCUGCCUGCCCUGUGCCGAGAUGGGGGAUAUUGAAGAGGUUUUUGCAUCCUUCUUGGCUGCUGAAGCAGUAGAAGGAGAGGAGGCCCUGCUGUAUCUGACGAGACGCUACAAGGGGCUGGCAGUGAGCGCAUGUGCCCAUGCCAUCUUCUUCUGCAGACUUCUGCAGGCCCUCAGGCCGAGCAGCAUUGGGAAGUCCUUGCUGACUUCCCUGGCGGAUAGCUACAGCCUGAAGGUCGGCAUUAUCGGCGGAGGCCGCCUUGGGAAGCAGCUGGCCCGAGCACUGGUGGCAGUGGGUCGAGCUCCUUGCUCCAGUGUCCGUGUUUCUACCCGGCGCCCUGAGAGCCUUCCGGACCUGCAGAAACUAGGGCUCACCUGCUUCUACGACAAUGCGCAGCUGGCAGCCUGGGCAGACGUCCUGUUCCUCUGUUGCCUGCCAUCGCACCUGCUGUCCAUCUGCUCUGUUGUGCGGCCAGCUAUCCGGAAACCCUGUGUGGUGUACAGCCUCAUCACUGCUGUCCCUCUGCCCAGGUUGAAGCAACUCCUUUGCUACAAUGCCAUCGUGAGGCCACAGUACCAGUGCCCUGGCAAGGAGCCUACAAAGGAGUAUGGGACAAAGGGGACGAUCACAGAGGCUCUGCAAGACCUUGCUGUUGUGCAGGCAACGUGCCCCCUCACCUCCCAAGCAAAAAUAAAAGUCAAUGGCAAAUGGCUGGUGGGCAUUUUCUAUGCAGCCCUGAACAUCAGCAUGUGGCAGAGCCUGCCUCAUCAGGAGGCACUGGCAUUUCUCAAUGACCUCUGUUUUCCUGAACAUUGCCACAUCUGUGCAGAGAAGAAAGCUUCCUGCCCACGGUUUACACGCGAGAGUUUUGUCAGCAAAAGUUUUGCCUCUUCAAUGACUCAAGUGGAAACCUUCCCAUGGUUUGACCUGACAGCUGCACAACUGAGAGAGUCUCCCUUUAGCCAGCUGCUAGAAAAGAGUGAGUCUGUCCAGAACCAUCUUGCUGUGCUGUACCAGGCAUGUUUUGGAGACUGGCCCACAAAGACUUCUCCUACGUUAGCUGUAGCAGAACCUGGCAUGAUGUUGGAUCAGGACUCCUCACUGUCCACAACUGCUUCGAAUGUUUUUUCAGAAAUUCCGGAGGAAACUACUGACUGUGUUUCUAAAUCUUCAUAAACUGAAAUGAAAUCCAUGACAGAAUGCUAUGCUGAGAUCUCAUCCCAAAGGGAUGAAACUCUGUUCCAUCAGUUUCCCUUGCUGGACUCAGUAGUAUCUAGUGGAACAACACACUGUAAGGACUUUGUAUUGCCAGGCAAAAAUAAUACCAAAAAGCAAAUAAAUCUUUACUUAUCCA